CCUGUGGGCCGGCCAGUCAGCAAGGAGCUGAGCCAGAAGUGGCCACCUGGCACCUGUGUCCCUGGGCCUGGAAGGCGGUUCUCUGAAGAGCCGAGUGCAGGCCAACAACAUGCCCAGCUCUUAGCCUUGAGGCCACUGUGUGUCAUGAGGAGCUCCAGAGAGAAGGAGGUGACUUCUGACCUAUUCAUCAUGGGACGGGGCCCCGAGGAGCCUCCAACAGGCUGUAGCCAUGGGGACCAGAUCCACAGUGUAUGCGUGAGCAUGCCCACUGGUCAAGAGAGAGCAGGGCCUGAGGAGACUGAGGCAACAGUCAAAGGUGAUGCGGCUCCUCCCCCCAGUAUGGCUGAGCUGGCUGCUGAAACCUGUUCCUGCCAAACGGCAGUGUAUCCCACAGACCUGACCCUGCAAUUGUUGGCCGUGAGGCGGAAGAGCGGACUGCGGAGCCCCAGCCUGCAGCAGGCCCUGAGGAGCCGGCUCCGCCUGCUGGAGAAUGACAGCCGGGAAGUGGCCCGUGUGCUCAGCGAAUUGUCAGCCAGGUUGCUGUCCAUCCACAGUGACCAGGACCGGAUCGUGGUGACAUUUAAGACUUUUGAAGAAAUCUGGAAGUUUUCCACCUACCACGCUCUUGGCUUCACGCACCACUGCCUGGAGAACCUGCUGGUGGACCAGACCUUCUGGUUGCUUUCACCCAGUGAGGAGGAGGAGACGGCCAUUCUCAUGUAUGUAAACAAGGAUGCCUUGAAGCAGACACACAAGAGCCUCCUCACCCAGGAAGGGCCCUUCUUUGUUCUGUGUCCUGACCACCGUGUGAGAAUGAGGCUGGGACCCCAGGGUGCAAGGAAGGGCUCCCAGGCCCUCAGGCGGACUUCAGGGGUCCCUCUGGGAGUGGCCAUCCUGGAGACAGACUCAUCUUCCCCAACGCCCAGCACAUCCUCCAAGGCAGAAGCCGCAGAGGCCGAACCAGAGCCCUUGACUCCAUUCCACCAGUGGACUCUCAGGGUCCCAUGGGAUCCUGUCGAUGAAUCCAUGGAUAGACCGGGGACGCCUGAAGCCCAGCUGAUGGGAUUUGGCCUGGCCUCUGUGGUAGCUGACUUCCAGGGCUCAGGGCCCGAAGAGAUGUCCUUCUGUGUUGGUGAUGUCAUCGAGAUCAUCGGUGCCCAGGUGCCUGGCCUGCCCUGGUGUGUGGGCCGGCACGUGGCCUCUGGCCAGGUGGGCUUUGUGAGGACUGGCCUCGUCAGCAUACAGGGCCCGGCAUCUGAUCUGGAAAGUGCACUUUUCCUUAGUGAGGAAGAAAGAUCAUUCUUCCGCCGAGAGGGCCAUUUCUCAGAUGAGGAUGCUCGGCGGCUCCUGAGCAGAACAUCUGGCACAGAUGUGUGCACCACAUGCAGCCUGGACUUGUUAGAAGAAGCUGAGGGUGAGCAUCUGGAGCAAAGAGAAAUGACUCUGCCUCGCCUGAACCCAGAACCACAUGAGACGCUGCACAUGGUAAAGGACAUUCUAGAACGGUGCAAGACUUUCCCCGACCACCCUGAAGAUCCAAUAGCCUGGAGCCUGGGAGCAGUGUCCAGCAGAGUGAGUUCAGCAGACAGUGAGGAGCCCCACUUCUGCCUGGAUCCUGAAGAUGACUGGACAGACCCUGAGCCUUUGGACUCACUGCUGCAGGUCCUGAACGCCCCUGGUUACGAAGCCCACUUCCGGGGCUUGUAUGACAUCUCACUUCCCUGGCUGAGCACUGUCCUCUGCGGCUUUGACGAUGAAGAGGAGUUGGCCGGACGCUUGGCACAGGCCCGAGGAGUUGCCAAGAAAGUCAAUUUGGGCAUGGCCUUGGCCAGGCUCUGCCUGCUGCUGGGGCGACUGUGUGCCCGGAAACUGAAGCUAUCCCAGGCCCGGGUGUACUUUGAAGAAGCCCUGGGAGCUCUAGAGGGCAGUUUUGGGGACCUCUCUCUGGUGGCAGCAGUGUAUACCAGCCUGGCUACCGUGUACCUAAAGCAGAAGAACGGGGAGAAGUGUUUACAGGUGGCACCCAAAGCCGCAGCCCUUCUCCUCGGGACACCAGGCCACGCGUGUAACACAGACGCUGAGCUCCUAAAGUACGCACUGCGCAGGGCCAUCUGUGGCCUCAGCCCGCAGGCCGAAGCCCGGGCCUGCUUCCUGCUAGCCAGGUACUACACCCACCUCAAGCAGCCUGAGGAGGCACUGCCCUACCUGGAGAGACUGCUUCGCCUCAACAGGGAUGUGGGGACCCCACAGGCCUCAUGGCCUGAGGACUGUUACCUGCUUCUGGCAGACAUCUAUGGCCGGAAGUGCCUGCCCCACCUGGCACUGAGCUGCAUCAGGGUGUCCUCACUGUGGACUAGGUGCUCAUUGGCCGGCUCCUUGAGGAGCGUGGACCUGGUACUCCAGAAUGCUCCUGGGCCAAACAGCCAAAGGAGGGCAAGCCACCACCUUCCCUCUCAGAUUGCUUACUACCUCAGGCAGGCAUUGGCCUCUCUCACUCCAGGCAUAGGACAGGCACUGUGUGGACCUCUAUAUGCCAGUCUAGCUCAGCUGUACAGCCACCAUCAGCAGCACAGCCAGGCCAUUGCCUUCAUGUCUCAGGCUGCAGAAGCUGACACGGCAGCUGGGAUCCACGCUGUCGUGGACCGCUUGGUGGCACUUGCCUGGCUGCACAUGCUUUGUGGGAAGAGCGUAAUAGCCAUGGACAUCCUGAAAUCCAUUUCAGAUGCAGCCGUGGCCAACAAGGCCCAGGAGUGUGUGAUGACCAACAUGGUAGCCAUGGCUCUAAAGAGGACGGGCAGGACCCGACAGGCUGCUGAGGGCUACUUCCGAGCUCUGCACAUGGCCUACAGCCAGGGUCACCUGCAGAGUCAGGCAGUAGUCCUGGCUAACUUUGGGGCCCUGUGCCUGCAAGCUGGUGCCCGCAGCUUGGCACAACACUACCUGCGGGAAGCUGUGGGGCUCUUCUCCCAGCUGCCCAGUGGUGUGUGUGGCCGGGACUUCACCCAGGUUCUCCUGUGGUUGGGCCAACUGUGCACCCGCCGGGCCCUCUCCCAACAGGCCAAGUGCUACUACGAGUGGGCCUUUCUGGUGGCUGUGGAAAUGGACCAUCUGGAGAGUCAGUUACAGGCUGUGCAAAAGCUAUGCCACUUCUACAGCAAGGUCAUGCCCAACGAGGUGCGAUGUGUCAUCUACCAUGAGUUCCAGCUGGCGCUGGCGCGCAGGACAGCUGACAAGGUGCUGGAGGGUCAGCUCCUGGAGGCAAUCAGCCAGCUCUACCUGUCUCUGGGCACCGAGCGGGCCUACAAGUCUGCUCUGGAUUACACCAAACGGAGCCUGGGGAUUUUCAUUGACCUGCAGCAGAAGGAGAAGGAGGCGCGUGCCUGGCUGCAGGCCGGCAAGAUCUACUAUAUCCUGCGCCAGAAUGAGCUGGUAGACUUGUACAUCCAGGUGGCACAGAACGCAGCCCUGUGUACUGGGGACCCCAAGCUGGGGCUGGAACUGUUUGAGGCAGCUGGGGACAUCUUCUUCAAUGGCACCUGGGAGCGGGAAAAAGCUGUAUCUUUCUACCGGGACCAGGCGCUGCCCCUGGCUGUGACCGUAGGGGACCAAGAGGCAGAGCUGCGCCUGUGCAACAAGCUGGUGGCCCUUCUGUCUGCACUGGAGGCACCCCAGGAGGGCCUGGAGUUCGCCCAUGAGGCUCUAGGACUCAGCAUCACCCUAGGUGACCGCCUGAAUGAGCGCGUGGCCUACCACCGGCUGGCCACCCUGCACCACCGGCUGGGCCACGGAGAGCUGGCUGAGCACUUCUUCCUCAAGGCUCUGUCACUCUGCAACUCACCCCUGGAAUUCGACGAGGAGACCCUGUACUAUGUGAAGGUGUACCUGGUGCUGGGUGACAUCAUCUUCUAUGACCUGAAGGACCCCUUUGAUGCAGCUGGGUACUACCAGCUGGCACUGGCAGCGGCUGUGGACCUGGGCCACAAGAAAGCUCAGCUGAAGAUUUACACACGCUUGGCCACCAUCUACCACCACUUCCUCAUGGACCGGGAGAUGUCCCUCUUCUUCUACCAAAAAGCAAGGACCUUUGCCUCAGAACUGAACCUCCGCAGGACCAACCUGGUACCCCAGCGCUUCUGUGGCCUGGCAUCCUGGCUGGCCCCUGGCUACUCAUCCUGACAACCUGAGAAAGACUUGUACAAGGGGACUUUAUUUUUCGGGUGUGGGUGACUUAUUUGGGGGGUGGGGGUGCUGAAGAAAGGACCAAACAGUAGUAAAUAUC